GAAUGUAUGCCGCAGGAUUCAGUCUGAGGGUGGAAGAAUCAUCUUAUAUUAUGAAUGAUGAUACAUCACUCAAUGGGAUUCGUCUUCACUGUGUCUAUCCAUCCAAAGGCUCACAUGAGCUCUAUGAAACAAUUGAGUCCGACGUAGGAAACUGGGGUGAAUGGAAAGAUAUCAAGUGGUGUCCUUCUGGAUUCUUAAAAGCUUUCCAGCUGAGAGUCGAAUCUUCCCUAGGAGUUGGUGAUGAUACGGCCGCAAACAACAUCAGGUUCAAAUGCAGUCAAGAUUCUGUGCUUCAGGGUGACGGCACAGCCUGGGGUAAUUGGGGCAAAUGGAGCUCAACGUGUGGUGGAACAGGAAUCUGCGGCAUCAAGACGCGGGUAGAAGAGCCAAAGGGAAGAGGAGAUGACACCGCUCUCAAUGACGCGCAAAUGUACUGCUGUGAUUAAGGUGUAGGAGGAUGACAACAAGAACAGCAAGAAGACCAAAUGGAUUAUAAUAAUUGAUCAUAAUACUACUAUCACUGAUAUCAUACUGUCAAUCAUGUUACCCUAAACCUUUUUACCUUUCUGAGGGCAUGAUUAUAUGCCCAACCUCAUUUUAAUAUCUAGAAAUAAACAUCAUCUUACAUUAUUGAAUGCCAACUAAUUUUUGAGGGAUAUUAAUCUCAAAAUAAUGCCUGAUUUAAAUCAUUAACAUUUGAGUGUUUCUUUACUUCUUGUUCUUUGUUCAUGUCAUUAUCCACAUCAUGAUUAUGACUGAUUAAUCAAAAAAUAAAAGCUUUGUGAAAAAUG